AUGAAGGAGAUACUACAAACUGCUCCAGAGCUCAGGAAUGGUGUGCUAGAUGAGUUGUCUUGGGCUGCUGACAGAUCGGGUAUCUUUACUGUAUCGUCUGUCUACAAGUGGAGUGAAUUACCAUCUAAUCUGCCUACAAAAGUGGUGGAUCUCAUCUGGAAGAAUGCUGCACCUCCGAAAGUGCAAUUUUUUGCUUGGCUAGCAUGGAAAGGGAGGAUCAAGACUUCUACCUUUUUGCAAAGCAUUGGGAUCCUUAGUGCCAACUCGGAUCUUAACUGUGUUUUCUGCAUGAAGGAAAGGGAAACUGCGUCCCAUGUGCUGCUGUGCUGUAUGUUCAGUUGGAGAGUUUGGUCUAAUAUUCUUGGAUGGUGGGGUGUAUCUUGGGUGCAGCCGGGGUCAGUAGUGGGUCUUCUUCAAUGGUGGACUGGGGUUACAUGCACUAAAAGAUUGAAGGCAUUUUGGAAGUCAAUCCCAUUGGCAGUGCUUUGGUCUUUAUGGAAGCAGAGGAAUGAUAUUAUUUUUAACAAGGCACAGUUGCACUUCGAAAAGCUGUGUGAUCUUAUCAAAACACGGAUUGCAUUGUGGUUCAGAGCUUCUAGUCCUUCAUUGAGUUAUUCAGUUGGUGAUUUGAAGGGGUUCUGUUCAAGCUUGCUCAUACUGUGUGCUGUCACAUAUAAAUCUGUUUUGAUUUGGUGCUUGGAUUGGUUGAAGGCCUGCUGUAGCUUAAAGGAAUAUGUUUGGGCUGCUGUAGGAUUGAACAGAACCUGGAAGCUUUAUGGGCUGAAUUUCUAUGGUGAAUUCCUCAUCUGCUUUUGUUUUUGCUUUGCUGCUGGUUGGAAAUCAUCUGAAAGCUCUGGUUUUGCUCUGCUCCUGCUCCUGGAAAUUGGUAACAUCUGA